UCCAGGAGGUGCAAUGACUGACAGUUGGGCACCUGCCCCAGAUUGGACCACCGGGCCGCCCGCCAACUCCUCCACUCCGCCCUGGAGGGCGGGGCCAGGCGCGCUGACGUCACGCAGGGAACACCUGGGCGGUGGCUGGGAGGCCAUGCGCAGAGCAAGCAUUGGUGAGGUUAAGGCGGGGAGGAUGGCGGACCCUGCACCGCAGACCCGGCCUCCCGGACCCCGGCCCGCCGCCGCUCUGGGCGACCCCGAGCGUGGCUGGAUCGUGUCUUUCGUGGGCUGCGGCUUCCUGGGCUUCUACCACCUCGGGGCGACCCGCUGCCUGAGCGAGCGCGCCCCGCACCUCCUCCGCGACGCGCGCAUGAUCUUCGGUGCCUCGCCUUCCUCUCCGGAAUUCCCCUUGAUACGUCCGGGGCUGCACGGGCUCCUUGCCAAGAGGGGGCGCCCCCUGGGCUGCGGGCGACGCCUAAGGGUUGCGGGGUGCCCAGUGGAUCCGAGUUUGGACACCGACACUGCAGACAGGUGCCCCCUCCACUGCGUCCUCUCGCCUUGCGCGGGGGGCUCUGUGGCCCAGUCUGGGAGGGGGCGCCUUGGGAGCGGCUCCUCUGGGCGUGGGAAUCCCGAGCGCCUCCCUCCUCACCCCUUCUGGAGCCGGGGCUUGAAGGAAGCCUGUUCCCGGGACUGAGCGGCGUCUUCCAGGGAAGGCGACCCUGGCGGCGGAGGGUGGAGCUGGUCCCCGUGGUCCCCGUCCUCUGCCGGCUCCUGCUGAGCUGCGUGCCCGCGGGAGGGUCCAUGUGCCCUGGGUCUCACCAACCAGAUGUGGGCUGUGGCCUGGGCCCCAAGGUGGGCGCCUACUUUUGUUUGGAAACUGAGGGGCUGGAGACACGACCAACUCCCAUCUCUCCUCCCUCCUCCUGCGCCCUUUGUGCGCCUGCCCUGGGGAGCGGCCGGGUGGGGGCGGGCUUGGAUGGGGCUCAUGUGGAGGGCAGCUCCUUGGACUCCUGGGCAGAGCAGCUGGUUUGGAGACCACACCCUGCAGAUCCUCAGAGACCUUGUCGAAUCUGCCAGAAGCCGGACCAUGAGCAUCCUCCAUCCGUCCUUCAACAUAGUCAGGUCCCUCCGAGAAGCCCUCCACAGACUCCUCCCAGACAACGUCCACCAGCUCAUCUCAGGCAAAAUGUGCAUCUCGCUGACCAGAGUGUCCGACUGGGAAAACGUCCUGGUGUCCGAGUUUCAGUCCAAAGACGACGUUGUGGACGCCUUGAUCUGUUCCUCCUUCAUCCCUUUCUUCUUUGGCUUAAUCCCUCCGACCUUCAGAGGUGUGCGGUAUGUGGAUGGAGGGUUUAGUGACAUUAUACCCUGCUUUGAUGACAAGACGACCAUCACCGUGUCACCCUUCCUUGGGGAGCAUGACAUCUGUCCUAAGGUCAAGUCCACGAACUUCCUGCAUAUGGACGUGUACAGGCUCAGUCUCCGCUUCUGCUUGGAGAACGUCCACCUGAUCAACCAAGUCCUGUUCCCCCCGGAUGUGAAGGUGCUGGGAGAGAUUUGCCUGCGAGGGUACUUGGAUGCGGGCAGGUUCCUGGAAGAAAAAGGCAUCUGUGACAGGCCCCGUCCGAGCCCGAGUGUGCCCUCGGCAGCGCCCGAGUUCCUUCCGUUCUCCUGGGAAACCGCGAGCCCCGAGGCUUCCCCGGGGGCGGCUGCCUGGCAGGGGAGGCCCGAGGUGGCCGAGCUGCUGGCCCACCUGCGUGUCAGCCUCCGGUCCUGGGACGAGAGCAUCCUGGAGACCCUGUCGCCCAAGCUCAUUGCGGGCCUGAGUGAGGCACUGAGACCCCGAGGUGGCCGCUGGAGCAAGAUCUGCAGCUUCCUACCGGUGAAGGUCAUGUCUUACGUGAUGCUGCCCUGUACGCUGCCCGUGGAGACCGCACUCGCGGUGGCCCAGAGGCUGGUGCUGUGGCUUCCCGACAUCCCUGCCGACGUCCGGUGGCUGUUAUCCAUCACCUCCCAGGUUUGUUCUCGAGGGAUGACGCACCUGCUCCCCACGUCCUCGCGGGUGUAGAUGGACAAAGAG